AUGACUUCUACUGCAGGCUCCUGGUCCAACCUCUUUCACGGCCUCCCCAACCGAACCCCAGCCUCAAACCUCUACACCGAAGAAGCCAUUCAGAACGAACAGUUGACAGCAGACGAGUUGAUCGAAAAGGCACAGGGCAACGCUAGCCUUUUGGUCGAGAUGGUCGCUGCCAUCUCUGCCGACGAUAGCCACGAAACUCUCAAGUCCUUCAACAACAACGAUAUCAUCCAGACGCUGCACAAGCAAUGCCAAGAAAUGUCGGACUACUUGUACGAGCGGAUCUGGCAUGACUCGGGUGACAGUGGCAACACAAAUUACCGUGGAUACGACAACUCCAGCUCAGCAUCAGUACAGAACAAGACCGUCGAGGAGGAGGCACAAAUUGCUGCGUUCAUUUCAUGUAAUGAACAGAUUCAGGCGGCGUUCAAGCGGUACGAGGAGCUCAAGGAUCAUUUGCAGGCCAAGCAGAUGCAAGAAGAGGAGAUUGCACGCUCACGAGGAUACAACGUCACAGAGGCAUCCCUUGACGACGUUGACGAUUAUACUGGAGGUCCAUCUGCAUCAGAAGCUGUUGCGCAGGCUUUUGGCGCCAGGAACGAUGACGAUGAUGACGAUGAGACGAGCGACUUUGUGAACGGAAUUUCGAUUGCAGGACACGACGCACGCCAGAUUCACCUGCGCAAGUCUGAGCAGCCUCUCGUCUGGCGGCUGGACCCUCGCGAAGAUUUCAAGGCCAACAAGAACAAGAACAAGAAGUGGAUUGAUCCAGCGGAGAAGGAUCGACAGGAACGUGAGAGGAUGUUGGAGCGUAGUCCUCGAAAUGGGAUCCAUGGACUUGCAUCCGAGCCUGAGCCUUUGGAGAUUACUCCCGAGGUUGAGACUGUUCAGGCUACUACUAUUGAAAGCGCUGUUGUGACGGCUGUAGAGGCGGAGGGAUCACAGCCUGCUCAGUCUACCGAGCCGCGCGCUGUUCUUGAGGCGACCCAUGUUGACGACGAAGAGGAGGAAGACUAUGGAAUUGAAAAGAUCCAAAACCGUAUUGUGGUUGUCGAGGAGGAGGACAGCGAGGAUGAGGAAGAAGCGGAGAACGUUGUUGCAGAGGAAGACGAGGAUGAGGGUGUGUUGUCGGAUGACUCUUGGGAAGAGAUUCCUGACCAAGGAGUUGUGAACCUGGCGAUCAGCGACGACCAAGAUGUCAUGACCUCAUCGUCGUCUUCACCUUUCCUGUUGACCCCAGCGAACGGCGGGUCCAGCCCUAAUCCUGGUGCAAGUUCUAGCUCAUCUAUCCCCAUGCCCCACACCGUCAUGCGUGAGAUCUGA